AUGGCCCAAAUCCCGGCUCAAGUCCCGGACAAGGUCCUUUCGUGGUUGUACAGCGUUCUUCAUGAAUAUCACGACUCCCAACGAACCUACUCGGAUGCUGCUCGAGCGCUUUCUGCAUAUCCAUCUCUUUCGCCGCGAACCGACGUCUACACCUCUGAGAAUGGCGCCUCUGCGCUUCUGUUAAUGCUACAUGGGACUCUGCCCGUAAUCUUUCGAGGAACAACAUAUCGCUUUCCGAUCAAGCUAUGGGUGCCGCGCGCCUAUCCUCACGAAGCACCCAUCGUAUUCGUUGAUCCGGGGAAAGACAUGGUCGUUCGACCUGGGCAGCAUGUUGGAGUAGACGGAAGAGUAUACCAUCCAUACCUACGAGACUGGACACGAAUGUGGGAUAGGGCCAGCAUUGCGGAAUUUCUCGAAUUCCUGCAACAGGUCUUCAGCAAGGAGCCGCCGGUGAUUAGCAGAGCACAACAGCAACAGUAUCAACGGACAAUGGGGCCUAGUCCUCAGCAGCAGCAACAACAGCCAGGAGCAAGUCCGGGACCACCACAACCGCCUCCUAAGCAAACGUCUGGGGUUGCUCAACCCCAGGACCAGGGACCACCGCCUUUACCCCCAAAGCUUGGGGACGAGUACGCUGAGCCGCGGCGUGAUGUAAAUAGAGACGGUCCGCCACUGCCACCGCUACCGCCUGAAGCAGGAAAACAUCAGGGACAGCAUGCUCUCUCGCCGCCGCCAAACGGCAAUGGGCAAGCUUCACGAUCUCCUUCCCACACGUUCGCAGCAUCAAACCCCGGGUAUCAGAAUGGCAGGCCGCCAGGACCACCGCUGCCUCCCAUACCAAACCAACAGACCCCACAGGCGCAAUACCAACCGAGGACAAAUCACGACAGAAGCCCAGUCUCGCCAGUCUCGCCAGUAAAUGGCUAUUCAGAGCUUCCCGACUCAAGAUACUCCCGACCCGCUCCUCUUCCACCUCCACAAUUCCAACAAAAUGUGAGGCCAGUAUCUCAAGUCGCUCCAUAUCCCCCACAGCAACAACAAUACCCCGCUGGUCCUCCCCAUAUGCAGCCACAGCCUUUCCAACCGACGCAUUACCAGCCUCAACACACUUUGCCGCAGCAGCAGCUUCAGACUCAGAAGCAGCCACCACCAGAUUUGCUCUCCGACCCAUUUGAGGUUGCGCUACCUCCUUCAGCUGGCUCACAGCUUCCAGCACCUCCGAUACCUCCCAAUCCCGAGAAAGAGCAUUUACUACAGGCUAUCAACGGCACACUGGUUCAGCAGGCACAGCAGAAGGUCAACCAGAACCUCAAUGCCAUCCAUCCUCUUCAAGCACAGCAACAUGCGCUGCGAGCUGCAUAUGAACGGUUAGACGGCGAGAUUAGGCAGCUUGAACAGCUGGACCAAGCAUUGUCCAGCAACGAGUCGAUCCUUCAUCGCAGUAUCCAAGACUGUGAUAGGACAAUCUCGACAGCGAAGUCAAAGAAACAACCGCCUAUUGAUGAAGUUCUCAUUGCACCAACUAUGGUAUCAAAUCAGCUCUGGACGCUCUGUGCCGAAGAAGCUGCUGCGAGAGAAGCCAUGUAUGUGCUGCAAAAGGCUGUAGAUCGAGGUAGAGUCAGCGGCAAUGACUUCGUACGACAGAUGAGAGGGCUUGGACGAGAAUGCUUCCUCAAGAUGGCCCUAGCACGGAAAUGUGCACGAGGAAUGGGACUGGAGACAGCUCGGUGA